UUCGUUGAGACGUUUGGAGAUUAUGGAGAAGCAACCGGUAGAUUUGCCAGUUGUCGACAGUGACUAUAAGGAACAGCUGAGGUUGUUCUGCAACUAUGCGGAAGCUCGUAAUCCUCCGAACGAUAAUGAUCUCCGUCACUGGGACAUUGGUCUUUACCUAACCGGAUUAAAUUUUGAUAAACUUUUGAAAGACGAUUCGUAUAAUUAUGUUCUGGGAGCAUCUUACACCCGUGGCGUAUGCAUCAAAAAUUUUUCAUGCUUGAUGGCAACGUUCCAUGCUACUGAAAUCAUAUCUUCGGGUUUAAAAUCAUCUAUUAUUGGUGCCCAUGAGGUUGGUCACGUUUUAGGAUUAACACACGAUUCAAAAAACUCAGGGGACAGAUACGAAUACAUAAUGUCGACAUAUUAUACCAAUAAAAUUCGGGUAGCAUGGUCCGAGCAAAGCCGUAAAACAAUAAAUAAAUAUCCGUUUAAAUGUCUUCGAGAUCAUGCCAGACUCGAAGAUGACACAUAUGUAUUUGAAAAUCAAAAUUAUCUCAAUUUACCCGGAAGAAAAUGGACUGCCAAAGCACAAUGCGAAUUAUUUUUGCGCGACAAGAAUGCAAACGUAGUCACGUUACAUGAUAUAUGCCAAAAUUUACAAUGCGAAACCCCUCACAAAAAUAUAUAUUAUUUCACGGGACCGGCGCUAGCAGGAACUGAUUGCGCACACGGGAAGGAAUGUCGCGGUGGAGAAUGCGUACCAGUUAUCGUGCCGCCAUACAAUUUCAAGGAUUGUGAAGAUGACAACUGGAGUGAAUGGAAGAAAGACACCUGUAAAAGCGGUUGUUUGCCAAAAUCUAAAGGCGCAUUAGUCAAACGACGUUUUUGCAAACAUGAGACUGACAGAACAGCCAAUUGCUUUGGAUCAUAUUACGACGUGGUUUUGUGCGAUGAUUUUUCACUAUGUAGACAAAAACGCAAGACAAUCGCCGAGUUCACUACUACGAAAUGCACUGAAUUCAGCCGUAUCAUGUUUGACCUGACAAUGAAGCCGGGAUGGCAGGCACCUCAUGAAGUUGAUAAACCGUGGGUAGCCUGUACUAUAUAUUGUGUACGAGAAGACUAUUCUACUUAUGCACCACGCUUGGAAAUGCUCGACCAUGGUAUCAAUCCGUAUUUUCCCGAUGGAACGUGGUGUCACAAAGUAAAUGAUCAGAAUUAUUACUGCCGCCAGCAUCGUUGUCUGCCGCAAAGCUACUCAUUUGGAGAAUAAUGAUUGUAUUUUUUUUAAAUUCCACCGUUAUCGCAAGUGUCACGUGCCAAAUAUAUGAUACAUAACUGAAAGGAAAACAAUUAUGUAUGUAUAUAUAUAUAUAUAUAAGCAAGAAGAUAUACACAAUAGAUGUUAUAUAAUAUUCUCAAAUCCAAAUGACAGUGCGUGUUUCAUACGCGAUCUUCUAAGUUAUAACAAAUGUAGGUGUCUUAUAAAGUAUGUAUAUAAAAAUUGUAAUAUAUAAAAGUGCUUUAACAAAAUAUUUUCAAGUAUUUGAAAUCGAAAAACGCAAAUAAAACAUGCUUCUUAUAUUGAAAUUGGUGUUAAUAACUUUAUUGAAUGUAACGUACGCGUAUAUCACACAAGAUAGUGAAAUAAUAUUGCUGCCGGCAUGGAAUCCGACAGGCAUGAAGAAGAUACCAUUAACUUUGAAAGUUUUCGGAAAAUUAAUUGAGCUGAAUCUGCGUAGAAACGAUCGGACUGUAUUAUCUGCGUUUGAAGUAUGGAAAUAUAAUGCAAAAGGCGUUACAGAAAAUUUGUCGCAGUUAAAAGCAUCAAAUUCUUGUUUUUAUCUUCACGAAGAUCAUGUCAGCUUUGCGGCCAUCAACUUUUGUCGAGGAAAUGGAUUGGUCAGUAGUAUCAUAUGAAAACAAACUAUUUGGAAAAUGUUAUGUCUCAAUUUUACCUUUGAUUAUUUCUAUUUUUCAAAUAAGCAUGUCACGUAAAAAGCAAGUAUAUUUUUCUUAAAAGUAGGAAGGAAUCAUUUUUAUGGAAAACGAUACAUUAGAUAUUCGGCCUUUGCGGAACGAGUUUGAGCCUCUGUCCUUAAUCGACGACUUUUGUGUUAAAGAGGAAAUUAAUCUUUCAUUUGGCAAACGUCAUCUUGUUAAAAAGUCACAGCAAUAUUUUGGUGAUUUAAAUCAGUUUCACAGGUACAAUUUUAAACCGAAGCGACGUCGCGUUCGAGAAUUGCAAGUAAGGUUGACCAUAAAACUUGCUGUUUUUUUCGACGAAGUAGCAUAUCGCUCAAUCAUGCCUCUUCUGAGCAAUGAUAAGGAAAAAUUACGCUAUAUGAUAUUAGCGUAUGUAAAUUGUAUUCAGGCUUUAUUCCAUCAUGUUUCUUUGGGAUUCCAUCAUUCCUUCGAUAUUUCGUUGAUACGUUUGGAGAUUAUGGAAAAACAACCGUUAAAUUUACCAGUUGUCAGCGAUUACUUUAUAGAUCUAUUGAAUGCGUCCUGCAAUUACAUGUACACUCACAAUCCUCCGGAUGAUAAUGAUCCGCGUCACUGGGACGUUGGCCUUUAUCUAACCGGAAGAGAUAUUUAUUAUAAUUUGGACAUACCAAUAAUUGGUAAA